GAAGUCGCCGUGCAUUGUGGGCUUGGUUUGAGCCAGGGAGUUUAUCCUGAAUGAAAGUGGCGCGCCGCCCCUGGCGUUACCCGGAUUGGAGCGGCUGGAAUUCGAGUUCCAGUCAGGAUUCGGGCGUCGUGGAACUCCAGUGCUAACCUAACUGCGGAGAGGCGGCUGCAAAGGCUCGGCGAGCGUUGGUGAAGGGGCCGGCUCGGCCUGGCCCCCCAGGAAAUGGCUCACAACAAGAUCCCGCCGCGGUGGCUGAAUUGCCCGCGGCGCGGCCAGCCGGUGGCAGGAAGAUUCUUACCUCUGAAGACAAUGUUAGGACCAAGAUAUGAUAGUCAAGUUGCUGAAGAAAAUAGGUUCCAUCCCAGUAUGCUCUCAAAUUAUCUGAAGAGUCUGAAGGUUAAAAUGGGGUUGUUGGUGGACUUGACCAAUACUUCAAGGUUUUAUGACAGAAAUGACAUAGAAAAAGAAGGAAUCAAAUAUAUAAAACUUCAGUGUAAAGGACAUGGUGAGUGCCCUACAACUGAGAAUACUGAAACAUUUAUCCGUCUGUGUGAGCGGUUUAAUGAAAGAAAUCCACCUGAACUUAUAGGUGUUCAUUGUACCCAUGGUUUCAAUCGCACUGGUUUCCUCAUAUGUGCCUUUUUGGUGGAGAAAAUGGAUUGGAGUAUCGAAGCAGCAGUUGCUACUUUUGCCCAAGCAAGACCACCAGGAAUCUAUAAGGGUGAUUAUUUGAAGGAACUUUUUCGUCGCUAUGGUGAUAUAGAGGAAGCACCACCCCCACCUCUAUUACCAGAUUGGUGUUUUGAGGAUGAUGAUGAUGAAGAUGAAGAUGAGGAUGGCAAAAAGGAAUCAGAACCUGGGUCAAGUGCUUCCUUUGGCAAAAGGAGAAAAGAAAGGUUAAAACUGGGUGCUAUUUUCUUGGAAGGUGUAACUGUUAAAGGUGUAACUCAAGUGACAACUCAACCAAAGUUAGGAGAGGUACAGCAGAAGUGUCAUCAGUUCUGUGGCUGGGAAGGGUCUGGAUUCCCUGGGGCACAGCCUGUUUCUAUGGACAAGCAAAAUAUUAAGCUUUUAGAACAGAAGCCAUAUAAAGUAAGCUGGAAAGCAGAUGGUACUCGUUACAUGAUGUUGAUUGAUGGCACAAAUGAAGUUUUUAUGAUUGAUAGAGACAAUUCAGUGUUUCAUGUUUCAAAUCUGGAAUUUCCAUUUCGUAAAGAUCUUCGGAUGCAUUUAUCAAAUACACUUCUAGAUGGGGAAAUGAUUAUUGACAAAGUAAACGGACAGGCUGUUCCUAGAUACUUGAUAUAUGACAUAAUUAAAUUCAAUGCACAACCAGUUGGAGAUUGUGAUUUUAAUGUUCGUCUACGGUGUAUAGAAAGAGAAAUUAUAAAUCCUCGACAUGAAAAAAUGAAGAAUGGACUCAUUGACAAAACACAGGAACCAUUUAGUGUCCGAAAUAAGCCAUUUUUUGAUAUCUAUACAUCAAGAAAGAAUCUCACUAUGUCACCCUUGAUACAGUGCCGUGGUCUCACAGCUCACAGCAACCUCCAGCUCUUGGGCUUAAGCGAUUCUCUUGCCUCAGCCUCCCAACUACUUGAAGGAAAUUUUGCCAAAGAAGUCAGCCAUGAAAUGGAUGGACUUAUUUUUCAACCUACAGGAAAAUAUAAACCUGGUCGAUGUGAUGAUAUUCUGAAAUGGAAGCCUCCCAGUCUGAAUUCUGUGGAUUUUCGUCUAAAAAUAACAAGAAUGGGAGGAGAAGGAUUACUUCCUCAGAAUGUUGGCCUUCUCUAUGUCGGAGGUUAUGAAAGACCCUUUGCACAAAUCAAGGUGACAAAAGAACUAAAACAGUAUGACAACAAAAUUAUAGAGUGCAAAUUUGAGAACAAUAGCUGGGUCUUCAUGAGACAGAGAACAGACAAAAGUUUCCCUAAUGCCUACAACACUGCCAUGGCUGUGUGCAAUAGCAUCUCGAACCCUGUCACCAAGGAGAUGCUGUUCGAGUUCAUCGACAGAUGUGCCGCGGCUUUGCAAGGCCAGAAGCGAAAGCAUCAUCUGGACCCUGACGCGGAACUGAUGCCGCCACCGCCUCCCAAGAGACCGCGCCCCUCAUCCUGAGACCUGCCCCUCACAGAGAGACCAAGGAGGGAAAGUGCUGUUCCCAAUUUUUGUAGCCAGAGAAAAUUCCAAAGUGAGUGUGGCUUGAUAUUGAUACACAUUUGAAUUUUUUUAAAAAGAGAAAGGUAGUGUAGCCAGCCUGUAAAUACUGAUGCAUUGGUCUCCUCCAGGCUGCAGCACAUUGUGGACUUAAACGUUUUAUUUGUAUCUGAUAAAUUCAGCCUUACCUUGGGGAUCUGAAGACUGAAAUAUCCAAAGGUUUAAACAAGAACAAAAUCAAUGAAAAAGAGGCCUUGUUCAUAUAUGGAUAACUUUCACAUUUACAAAGUUAGCGAUCUGGAACUGUGAGCACUUAAAACACUGUAUUUUUUAGAAGUUGUUUCAACUAUGGCAAAUUUUUCUUUUAAAAAGUUAGUCCAUGGCAUUAAACAUUCUUGCUAUCGUUUAUCAUGGAUUCCAUACAUUUCUGAGAUUCCCAUAUUUAAAAUAAAUGACAAAUUUGUUAAUGAUUGUACUACAUUAAACUACUUGGUCAGGUUUAUAUCAUUUUAAGGAGUUUUUUUUUGAAGUGAAUGUUAAAGUAAAAAAGUAAAGCUAAAUUUUUGUAAAUUGCAUUGUUUCUAAAGGAUGUAUUUUGAGUAUUUUCAUCUGUCUCUGUUGUUUAACCUUGAUAUCAGAUAUUCAGUGUGCCCAUUCUGGCAGUGGUUUUGAGUUAUUUCAUGGAACUUGAAUAUACACCACCAGGUCUUUGGUGUGUUGUUUUCCUGGGAGACUUUUCUUUAUUUUAAAUGCCAGAGCCACUUCUGCUUUACCUCAGUGGUACCAGCACAUUGUAAAUUACAUUAAAACACACAACUCACUGUGAUCCAUGGGAGUGGUAGCGAAUACAAAUGAUGUUGUGUUAGUUCCCUGGGACAAAACAGCAAAAGAAAAGCCCGCUGACUCCUUUGAAUAGCAGAUGAUGUCAGCGGAGUCAGGCAUAGUCAGGAGAUAGUCAUCCUGCUGCUGACCAUGUGCCAAAGCAGGGCGUGGACACUUGAAGGAAGUGAAUAUCAAGAAAACUAAGACAUUUAUUUUCAAAGCCAGAAUUCUAUCUCUGUUCUAUUCUGGAGAAAUUGUUUCUGUUGCACAUUUGAAUUUUAAAAUGUUCAUUGACAGAUAAUGGGUUUGAAGGGCAGCUAGAAACUAUGAUUGGUUUGUGAAGAAGCUCUGAGAAUUAUCAACUGAUGAGAGGCUAAUGUAUUUAGAGGUACAGGUUUUAAGCAUAUGUAUUUAAAACAAAUUUUCCUGAUCUAAAUUUUAUAGAGGUAUAUGCAUAUAUAUGUAAGUGUAUGCAAAAGUGUAUGUUCCUCUACUGACACAGGCAGACUUAAAAUCCGAAAGAGUUACCUGGUAGACAGUAUCUGACAGGAUUUCUAUAUGACAUAGCACAGAUUAACCAAAAGUGUAUUUAUCUUCACUUGAGUUGUAAUGUUUUUAGACAAAGUCUUCUCCUGCAGUGCUUUUCUAUAUAAAACAGUAGUUGUGCCUGGCUUUUCCCUUUGUUGUUCCCAAGCUAUGUAAUGUAUAAUAACUUAAUUCAAAAUGCUAUUUUAAUGUUUUUUCCUUGGGUACUUAUGUGUGUUUGGGGGAUUUGAGUGUGUUUGAGUACUUAUGUGUUUUAAAGGGAUUAAAACACCCAACUGCCGCAAUGACUAUUGAAAGAGGAGACAUGCUCAAGGUUCCACAGAGACCUCUGGAAACAAAAUAGAUCUUAAAAAAAAAAAAAAAGGCGCCUAUGCAACUCCAGAUAGUCUGAGCCUGCCUGCCCAGGACGAGUGCCUUAGCUUGGCACGUCACUUUCUGCCAGCCUGGGUAACAGCAGAGCCUUUUGCAGAUAGAAAAACAAACGUCACCAGUGAUUUUUAAUGGUGUUAAAGUGUUUAUGGUAAUUGUAACCUUUUAAAUGUGUUAUGUGAAAAGAGCAUCUCAUUUUUAAUACACCCAGAUAUUUUCUCCCUGUCACUAUGCAUUUUAGCUGGUUUUAAUUUUCUUAGUUUAUCCUUUCCUUUCGAUUAUAGUGGCUUAUAGUCAAUUGGCCUUCUAAGUAGAUCCCACUAGCCCUGAACGCACUGCCCUCUGCCAUGCUGUCAUAAGUCACAUGACCGGGCGGGGGGAGCAAUGCAGAGGCAGGACUUGUGACAUCAUGAAGAAAACAUUUUUCUCUUUUCAGCUCACUCCACAAUAGCUAUUUUCUGAGGCCGAAGUUGUUUAGACAAGAAUAAGAAAACUUUGCUUUCUUCAUUAUCACAUGUAAAAGCUUUUGUUUUUAGUUAGGAAAAGGUGUAGAUGACUCUGCUGCCUGGAGAGGUGCAUCUGCUUUCCGUGAACUGCUCAGAGAAUGUCAGGACAUUCCUUGACUUAUGUGUCCCUGGUUAUUGUAAUAAAACUACCAAUUUAAA